GAAAGAUCUGAUGAAUCCUUGGAUACAAGAAAAGCAAUAUCCUAUUCUUAGUGUAGCGGAAAUCUUUGGUUCCGAAUGGACGAAAAUUUUUCUACAAACUGCUUCCGAAAACUGGACGGUACCAUUAACACAUCAAGUGUACAUAAAUUUGAAACGAAUUUUACCCACAUUUUGUCUAUGGGAACAAAAGCACUUUCUUACAACGUGUUACAAUUCUGAACACAGUCGGUUCAUAAUAAUCAAUCGGCAACAAACAGGAUAUUACCGGGUACAUUAUGAUUUUGAAAGUUGGUUAGGAAUUAUAAAUUAUCUUAAUUCCAAGAAUUAUGCAAAUAUUAAUGUUUUAAAUCGUGCUCAAAUCAUCGAUGAUACAUUCCAUUUAGCCAUAUCAGGCAAAUUAAAUUUUUAUGUAUUUUGGGAUGUCGUAAGCUAUCUAAAAUGGGAAACGGACUAUAUACCAUGGUAUCCUAUGUUCAAAGCUGCUGAGUACAUGUCACACAUUCUACCGUUUUAUAAUGCCGAUAAUAUAAUAUUCAAGAAGAAACUACGAAUGCAACUGGGUCCACUUCUUCAAAAGAUUGGAUACGAGGAGGAAUCUAAUGAUGACAUGUUUAUUAAAUGUUUAAGACAAGAAGCUCUAAGAUGGGCUUGUAUUCUCGGUGACAGCAAAUGCAAAAAACAUGCUGAAUAUAAGUUGCAAUGGCAUUUGUUAAAUCCGAUAAAAAAUAAACUGUUACCAUGGUGGAGGGAAUGGACGUUCUGUAAUGGUUUAUGUGUAUCUAGCAUUUCUCUUGACCAACUAUUUAUAGAUUUGGAUAAAAUGAAUAUUACCAAAUUAAUAAAAUUGUUACUAUAUGGAAGUUUACUAAAUUACGUUAUGGCUCUUUAUCAACACAAAGAAAAUGUAUUUCACAAAUUUAAAAUAAAUAACAAGCAAAUAAACAGACCAAAAACGACGAGAACUAGAAGAUCAGAAGUAAUCAAAAUCACUAAGGAAAUUACAUCCAACGAUACACACUCUUAUAUACACCAAAUGUCUGAAACCGUACGUGUUAGGCUUCUCAAUCUUCAUUUGCCUGAUUUUAUAAAACCAAAAAAUACGAAAUUGAAUUAA